AUGAAUGCUUGUUUACUGUAUCCCUUGAAGGUAGUUGAGUCUCUCAAAAAGGUACAUUUCACCACUUCAUUAGAAGAACAGAUUUGGUUUGACAGCACUGGGGCAACAGCAGCAAAAUAUGAUGUGGUCAAUUGGCAACGAGGGGUUAAUAGAGAAGUGCAAUUUAAGGUUUUGGGAUAUUACGAUGCAUCACUGCCAAGUGGAAAACAGUUUGUUCUAAAUGUUGAAGAUAUUGUGUGGGCUGGAGAGAAAAAAGAGAAGCCAAGGUCUGUGUGCAGUGAAAGCUGUCCUCGCGGAACCAGGAAAGCUGUACAAAAAAGAAGGCCUGUCUGCUGCUAUGACUGUAUACCAUGUGCAGCAGAUUCAAAUAACUGUGAGCAGUGUCCAGCAGAAUAUUGGUCUAAUGCUGACAGGGAUAAAUGUGUGUUAAAAGUCAUAGAGUUUCUUUCAUAUACAGAGGUUAUGGGAGUAGUACUUGUAUUUUUUUCUUUGUUUGGAGCUACAUUAACUGUGUUAGUAGCUAUUUUAUUUUUAAUAAAAAAGGACACUCCCAUUGUUAAGGCCAACAACUCUGAGCUGAGCUUUCUGCUGCUGUUCUCCCUGACUCUGUGCUUCCUCUGUUCACUUGCUUUUAUUGGUCGGCCGUCCGAGUGGUCCUGUAUGCUGCGUCACACAGCAUUUGGGAUUACAUUUGUCCUUUGCAUUUCCUGUAUUUUGGGGAAAACAGUAGUUGUGCUUAUGGCCUUCAGGGCUACACUUCCAGGCAAUAAUCUUAUGAAAUGGUUUGGGCCUCUACAGCAGAGACUCGCUGUUUUUGCUUUCACUCUCAUACAGGUCCUUAUUUGUGUGAUUUGGUUAAUAAUUUCUCCUCCUUUCCCCUAUAAAAACAUGAAUUACUACAAGGAAAAAAUCAUAUUAGAAUGUAACUUGGGCUCAGCUAUAGGUUUCUGGGCAGUGCUGGGUUAUAUAGGGGUUCUUGCUUUCUUGUGUUUUGUUUUGGCUUUUCUAGCUAGAAAGCUGCCAGAUAAUUUUAAUGAAGCUAAAUUCAUCACAUUCAGCAUACUUAUAUUCUGUGCUGUGUGGAUCACCUUUAUUCCAGCCUAUGUCAGCUCUCCUGGAAAAUUUACUGUAGCUGUGGAGAUAUUUGCUAUUUUGGCAUCCAGUUUUGCUUUACUAUUCUGUAUAUUCGCACCAAAAUGUUACAUUAUCCUAUUUAAGCCUGAACUAAAUACAAAGAAAAACAUGAUGGGUAAAAUGCAAUCUAAAUCACUUUAA